AUGACCCAGCAAAAGAGACUUCUAGCGACAACGGUGGAUGACCAUGCAAAGCACAAUCCUAGCAAUGUGUUCGCAGUCAUCCCCAAAGGCGCGGAAGUUAGCCACGGCUUCCGUAGCCUUUCGAUGAAGGACCUGGCACAGGCUGUGAACGGUAUGUGUUGGUGGAUUGAAGAGACUAUUGGACCAGCACAAUAUCCCGAGACAUUGGCAUACAUGGGGAGCAAUGAUGUGCGCUAUUUCAUCUUCAUGCUUGCCUGUCAGAAGACGGGAUACCUGGCUUUCUUGCCUUCGACUAGGAACUCGGACGAAGCUCAUCUCCAUCUACUGAAAGUGACGAGCUGCACCAAGCUCUUCUUCAGCGAGGGGCGACAAGCAAGAACUCUUGAGAUCCAGGGACUCUCUUCGACAGCCUUGGAGAUUUUCCAGGUUCCCGCUCUCAAGGUCGUUCUCAAUGAUGAGCGUGGACUGCCCCAUUACCCAUAUAACAAGUCAUAUGUCGAUGCUGAAAAUGAUACAACGUGCAUCAUUCACAGCUCAGGAACAACAGGCAUGCCCAAGCCAGUGUACCUCACCAAUGGCUUCUUUAUGACCAUCGAUUCGCUCUCUAAGCUUCAAUGGCCAAAAGGCCGCCUACCGGCUCCAUUCUUCCAUUUGGACCAAGAGGACCUAAUGCUAAGCACGACACCCCUAUUCCACCUAAUGGGACUUAUGGCCUUGGUUUUCGCCGUCUGGUUUGAUGUUCCUGUCCUGAUCGGCCCAGAGAAGCCACUCUCCGUCAAGCAUAUGGUAGAGCUCAUGCAAGUCGGCCGUCCAACAGCAGCAAUGUGUCCACCUUCGGUUUUAGAGGACAUGAGCUAUUCUGACAACGCACAAGCCUGUCUGAAAACACUCAAAUUCGUUCUUUUUGGAGGUGCACCACUUGCACCAGACGUCGGAGACCGGCUCCGCCAGUGCACUAGAGUGGUGUCCGUGAUCGGGACCAGCGAGAUUGGCUGGAUCGCAUCGAUGGUACCAGAGGACCCAGCUGAUUGGGGCUACUUUGAAUGGAACGAAGCAUACGGUGUCAACAUGCAAGAUAUCGGCGAAGGAAUGUUCGAGAUGGUCAUUCCUCGACAGCCGGAUGCUCGUGACUUCAAGGGCAUCUUCCAUACCUACCCCGACAUCAGUGCCUAUCAUACCAACGAUCUGUACACCGGACACCCGACAAACCCGCGUCUCUGGAAGUUCCACGGGCGAAAGGAUGAUGUGAUUGUGUUGAGCAACGGAGAGAAGUUCAACCCCGUCGGAAUGGAGACUAUCAUUGAGGGUCAUCCGUUAGUUGGAACUGCGGUGGUGGUCGGUCAAUCCCGAUUCCAGGCUGGGUUGCUCAUUGAGCUGAACCAUGAUGUGCCGGACAUGGACAACAAGCUCUUUAUCGAGCAGAUCUGGCCGACUGUGCAUGUGGCUAAUCAAAACAUUGCUGCCCAUGGGCGGGUCAUGAAGAACAGGAUCGGGAUUGCUUCCAAGACGAAACCCUUCAAGAAGACGCCGAAGGGUACUGUGCAGCGUCGGGCUGUUCUUCGGGACUUUGAGGAGGAUAUUGAUGCGAUUUAUGCUCAGAGCUUGGACGAUGAGUUCGUCCAAGAUCUUCCGGAAAAUUUAGACACAGAAAAUGUCACGAAGUAUAUUCAGCAGACCAUUGCGUGUGUCUUGGAGAAGGAGAUAUUCAGUACUCAGAACUUUUUCGGUGCUGGCCUUGAUUCUUUGAUGACCAUCCAGGUCUCUAGAAUGCUGCAGAAGGCUAUCGACUUGCGCCCAGAAGUGAAAGCAGUCAUCACUGCUCAGACCAUCUAUGCCAACCCAACAAUUGAUCAAUUGUCUACAGUUGUGGUGGCCAUGCUGGAAGGCAAAUCCCAGGCUGGAAUCCCGCGUGAAGAGAAGAUUCAUAACUUGGUGGCAAAGUAUACGUCCGACCUCCCAGUCCAGAAAGUCCGUCACAAUGAAUUGCAAUCGCUUACCACUGUGAUUUUGACUGGCUCCACUGGCUCAUUGGGAAACUAUCUACUUCAUUGUCUAUUGAGCAGCGAGUCUAUUUCCAAGGUCUACUGUCUCAAUCGCUCAGAUGCUGAAUCACGACAGCGGAAGGGCUUCAAAGAAAAGGGCCUACCCUUGGACAACUGGAACAAGGUCGAGUUCCUGCAAGUAUCAUUCGGAGCAGAACGCUUUGGCCUAGACGAGGUCAAAUACCAAGAACUCCUCGACUCAGUCGACACCAUCAUCCACAACGCGUGGAAAGUCGACUUUAACUACACCGUUGAUUCCUUCGAAGACACUCACAUCCAAGGUGUGCGACGCUUCGUCGACUUCAGCCUAAGCAGCCGCCACAAUGCCCACCUUCACUUCGUCUCUUCUGUAAGUACGGUGGGUAACUGGACACCCGAGAUGGGACCGUCGAUCCCCGAAGAGCCCAUGGAAAGCAACGUCGUUCUCCCUCAGGGCUACGGCGAGUCCAAACACGUCGCGGAGCGCAUCUGUCUCGAAGCAGCACGCCGAUCAGGUGUCCCGACAACGGUGUAUCGCGUUGGACAGAUCGCAGGACCAACCACCCGAAGCGGACAAUGGAAUCCGCAUGAAUGGCUGCCAACAAUCAUCGCGACGUCAAAAGCGAUGGGUAAAAUCCCAAACCGCUUAGGAUCAAUGCCAGUUGAUUGGGUACCGGUGGAUACCCUAUCCGCGAUUAUGGUGGAGAUUGUCAACACACGUCAUCGGUCGUCCGAGCAGCCCUGGGCCGUGUUUCACCUCACCAACCCGGAGGCAGCGCCAUGGUCGUCGCUGGUCCCCGCCAUCCAGGCGCAAUAUCCGGUCGAGCCAGUUGAUUUUGCCGCGUGGGUUGCCGACCUCGAAAGCAUUCCCAAUCCCAGCAGCGCGGACCUCGCUUCCAAACCCGCGCUCAAGCUAUUGAGUUUCUACCACGGGCUUCAAGAGGAGGGGGCAUGUCUGUGCCAUUGGAUGUCCGGCGGGCAAGGGACGCCAGUUGUAGCAUGCGGUCCUUGGAACCAAUCUCAGCCACGCUGA